AUGGUUGAAAAGGAAACUGAACAGGAUGCAGAUGAUAUAAAAGUACCUUGUUGUUGUUCACAGCGAUGGAUCCUGGCAUAUGUGGCAUACCUCGGGUUUCUAUGUUUGUAUGCUGUCCGUUUUAAUUUAUCGGUUGCUAUUGUUUGUAUGGUAAAAACGGAGACUAAUAACAGCUCGAUGGGAAACGAUCAUAUCAAUGGUACAUGUCCAGGAACAUCCGAAAGUAUCGAAGUAACCAAUCAGCAUGCAGAAUUUGACUGGGAUAAAGACACUCGGUCGAAUAUUCUAGCCGCUUUCUUUUACGGAUACAUAAUUACCCAGAUACCCGGGGGUUGGAUUGCUGAUAGAUUUGGCGGUAGACGUAUCAUUGGUUCGGCUUUAUUGAUCUGUGGUAUUUGUACCAUUUUGACUCCAGUCUGUGCUCGUACAUCCGUCAUACUUGUUUACAUUGUCAGAGCUAUGAAUGGACUUGCAUCAGGUGUUUGUUUCCCAGCUAUGAGCUCUGUGUGGGGAAGAUGGGCUCCACCUUUAGAAAGAACUAAACUAAUGGCAUUAUAUUACUUAGGCCCUCCAUCCGGUAGUGUGAUAACCCUUGCAAGUUCUGGAUACCUCUGUGAAUAUGGUUUUGACAAUGGAUGGGGUUCAAUAUUUUAUAUAACAGGUGGUAUGACGUUACUAUGGGUAUUGUUAUGGUUUAUUUUAACAAGAGAUACACCAUUGGAACAUCCAUGGAUCACGGACGCAGAAAAAAAGUAUAUCAGUGGAACCAUUCCGUUUAAUGUUGAGAAUAAGACACCCCAUCUACCUUAA